AUGGAUGUCGAGACCCUCAUACAGCAAUUGACCCUUGAAGAAAAGGUCCAGCUCACAGCUGGAGUCGGAUGGUGGCAUACAGCAUCAAUUGAACGUCUCUCAAUACCCCCAAUCCGCCUCUCAGACGGCCCCAACGGCGUACGAGGAACUCACUUCUUCGACAGCACCCCAUCAUCCUGCCUCCCCUGCGGCAGCGCGCUCGGCGCAACAUGGAACACUGAUCUCACCCACCGUCUUGGACAAUUACUCUCCGACGAAGCUCACGCCAAAGGUGCUCAUGUUCUUCUUGGUCCUACCGUCAAUAUCCAGAGAGGGCCGUUAGGCGGAAGAGGCUUUGAGUCGUUUUCUGAAGAUCCUUUCCUUUCGGGUAUCUUGGCGGGGCAUUAUGUGCGUGGUGUGCAAAAGAAUGGCGUUUCUGCUACGAUGAAGCAUUUCGCUUGUAAUGAUAUGGAGAGUGCGAGGAUGGCUGUUGAUGUGCAGGUUACGGAACGGGCGUUGAGAGAGGUGUAUCUUAUGCCGUUUAUGAUUGCCGUUGAGAUGGCGAGUCCGAGGGUUUUUAUGACAGCGUAUAAUAAGGUCAACGGGACGCAUGCGCCAGAUAAUCACCACUUGUUGCAAGAUAUCCUGCGCGAUGAGUGGAAGUGGGAUGGUUUGGUUGUGAGCGACUGGUUCGGCACGUACAGUACAACUGAGGCCAUCAACGCGGGGCAAGAUCUCGAGAUGCCGGGCCCUACGCGAUGGCGCGGUGAGACUCUGGUUCACGCUGUUACGUCGAACAAUGUCAAGAGGUCAACGCUGGAUGAACGCGUGAGGAAUGUCUUGAAGCUGGUCAAGCAUUCUAUCGAGAACACAAGCAUACCUCCAAACGCGCCGGAGACUCAACUUCAGAGCGAACAAAAUACCCGUCUGUUACGAGAAGCUGCUGCUGAGUCGGUGGUGUUGCUCAAGAAUGACAGGGGAGUUUUGCCUCUGGACCCUACGAAGAAAGUGGCAGUCAUUGGGCCCAAUGCCGACAUCAGCACUUAUUGCGGUGGUGGAAGUGCAAGUCUUCGAGCGUACCAUACUGUUUCUCCACUGGAGGGCAUCAAAGUUAUCGCGAAGGACGUUUCUUUCACUAAAGGACUCUACGGCCAUCGAUCACUGCCUCAAAUAGGCAAGCUGCUGAAGACGGUUGACGAACAGCGUCAAGGAUUCACUCUUCGCAUAUACAAUGACCCACCUCCGACUUCAGGACCAGAUACACGCAAAGUCCUCGAGACUAGAAUUCUUGAUGACUCAAAUAUCUGGUUUGUGGAUUAUGAGCAUCCAGCACUGGAGCAGAUUUGGUACGCUGAGAUGGAGGGUGUCUUGUCCCCAGAGAAGUCUGGAGAAUGGGACUUUGGUCUUUGUGUGCAUGGCACUGGCGAGCUAUUCAUUGAUGGUGAGCUGGUAGUCUCGAAUGUAAAGAACCAAAAGCCAGGCAGUUCAUUCCUCGGUUGCGGCACGAUCGAGAAAACAGGUAGCAAGAUGCUCGAAGGCGGCAAGUGUUACAACGUCGUCGUGCGCUGGGGCUGCGACAAGACCUCUGAUCUCAAGGUUUCUGGAGUCGUUGACUUUGGCCAAGGCGGUAUGCGUCUUGGUGGCUGCCCCAGACUUGAGCCACGACAGGCACUCCAAGACGCGGUUGAACUGGCCAAGAGCGUCGAUCAAGUUGUUCUGUGUGUUGGGACGAGUGGAGAGUGGGAGAGUGAAGGGCAGGAUCGAGCAAAUAUGUCUCUUCCUCCUGGGAGUGAUGAACUGAUCUCCGCUGUGCUACAAGCGAAUCCCAAUACAGUGGUACUUAUACAGAGUGGCACGCCUGUUUCGAUGCCGUGGGUUGAUCAGGCUAGUACCAUUGCGCAAGCGUGGUUUGGUGGUAAUGAGGCUGGUAAUGGCAUCGCAGACGUAUUGUUCGGUGCAGUCAGUCCCUCUGGCAAACUGCCAAUUACCAUGCCUAGACGCGUGGCAGAUAACCCCAGCGCCCUAAGCUUCCGAUCAGAGGGAGGUCGCGUGCUUUACGGCGAAGACGUGCAUGUCGGCUAUCGCUGGUACGACACGCUUGACAUUGAACCCUUGUUCCCUUUUGGUCAUGGGUUGUCUUAUACUACCUUUGAUCUGUCCGACGUACGGAUUGAAGAGCACGUUGCCUCUGAGAGCAGCAAGAUGACAGUAAGCGUGAACGUGACAAACAUCGGCUCGCGAUCAGGCGCUGCUGUCGUGCAAGUCUACGUUAAGCCGCCGCAUCCAACGCCGCUUACUGCCUCAGCUCUUGACACGAUCACGAGAUCCAGCAAAGAGCUCAAGGACUUUACGAAGAUACAUCUUGAAGUAGGUGCAAGUCGCGUCGCAAAGAUUGAGCUAGAUGUGCUACGUGCGACGAGUUAUUGGAGUGAGAGGGAAGACUAUUGGUGCAGUGACCCCGGGGACUACACGGUAUUGGUGGGUAUGAGCAGUAGAUGUGAGUUCCUGGAGAAGACUUUUACUGUCCGGAACGCGACGACGUGGCGUGGACUUCGGGCAUGA